AUGACAGAUGUGGACAGGGAGAGUCGGAGAUUUGGCUUUAUUUGUUAUGAAAAUCAUGAAGACGCCAAUACAGCUAUACAAGAACUAAAUAGUGUACCUUUUCGUAACCAAACCUUAUAUGUUGAAAGAGCACAAGAAACAACAGAACGACAAGCUGACAUAGAAGAAAAAUCGAGGAAACUCGAAGUUUUCGUGAAUAACUUGGACCACAUCAUUGAUGAUGAAAGGCUUAGAGACGAAUUUUCUCCAUUUGGAACGAUUACACAUGCAAAGGUGAUGGAAAAAGCAGGGAGAUCAAAAGGAUAUGGAUUCGUGUGUUUUGGGACUCCCGAUGCGGCGAGUAAAGCUGUCGAUCAAAUGGAAGGAAAGAUCGUGGAAGGGAAACCUUUGCAUGUGACUUUAUUUGAAAAAAGGAUGACUAAAUUGUUGUCACAGGCCAUGAUGCAUAUUGCUUCUAUCAAAUUGCGGGGACUGGGCAGUGGGAUGCUGCAAUCGGAUGAUAUUCGAAACUUGACUUCCACCUUGACAGAGGAAGAGAAUGACUUGCGUUCCCUUACAAAAAUGCCACAAAUGAUGGAAAGUACAAAAAUGCAGACACAACAACGACAACCAACACUAUCUCAUGGAUUUCUGAAAUUGCCUCAAUCACAAAUUAGAGCAGCCUAUCCCGCUGCAGCUAAUGCAAGACAACCAUGGCAUGCAAAUGCCCGUAGUGGAAUGAAUGAUUGUCAAACAACAAGGCAGUACAUAACAGUACAGACACCACCUAGGCCAACAUCAGAACUAGACACAGGACCUUUAUUUCCCCCUCUGCUGAAACAAGUCAGUGGAUAUUCAGUGGCACCGAUGAAUAAUCAAAAUCAGACAAGUACAAAACCUGUUUCACUGAAGUUUUUACAGGAAGGCAAUCAAAGUGAUAGGAACUUUACGGUGCCACAAAUGAGUGAAAGUUUAAGAUGUCAAACAGAACUACAACAACCAACACCAACUAGUGGAUUCCUAUAUAUGCCGCAAUCACUAGUUAGAGCAGGCAAUCCGACAAGAACUGGAGCUGGACAACAAUGGCAUGUCAAUAUUGGUAGUGACAUGGAUAAUCGUCCAAUGACAGGGCAGUUUGAAACGUUACAACAAUCCUUCAGACCAAGGUCGUCAGAACCAGUAAGAGGACCAAUAUAUACCCAAUGUGGAGUACUAAACCAAGUCAGCAGAUAUCCAGUAAAUCAGUCGAGUACUAUCCCUGUAACUCAAAAUUUACUACAAGAAGAGAGGUCAGGUGUUUUGAAAUUCAUGAUCACAUUCAAGAAAAAGCUCAACAGGGUUGUGAUUACUAAAAUAGAAACAAAUUCGUUGUAA